AUGGGGAGUAUCCCGGACCUGGGUCAGCCGCGGGCCCGCCUCUGCCUGCUCCUAGCUGCGCUGCAGCUUCUGCCCUGGACGCAGGCCGACCCCGUGGAUGUACUGAAGGCUCUGGGCAUGCGUGGGGGCCAAGCUGGGGUCCCUGAGGGGCCUGGCUUCUGCCCUCAGAGGACCCCAGAGGGUGACCGGGCAUUCAGGGUGGGCAAGGCCAGCACACUCAGUGUCCCCACGAGGGAGCUCUUUCCAGAUGGACACUUCCCUGAGAACUUCUCCGUGUUGGUCACUCUGCGGAGCCAGGCAACCAGCAGGUCCACCCUUCUGUCCAUUUACGAUGAGAUGGGGGUCCGACAGCUGGGACUGGUGCUGGGGCCAGGGUUGGACCUCUUAGGUGACACUUUUAGUCCCCUCUCCCAGCAGGUCAACUUCACAGAUGGCAGGUGGCACCGUGUGGCGGUCAGUGUGAAUGGCAUGGUGGUAACCCUGGUGGCUGACUGUGAACCUCAGCCCCCCAUGUUGGGCCAAAGACCUCGAUCCAUCAACACAACUGGAUUCACUGUACUUGGAACCCAGGACCUGGGGGAGGAGACUUUUGAGGGAGAUAUUCAGGAGCUGCUGAUAUGCCCAGAUCCUCAGGCUGCCUUCCAGGCCUGUGAGCAAUACCUUCCUGGCUGUGACGACCUGGACCCCUUAGCCACAGUGGCCCCCCAGGGUGAGCUGGAAACAUCUACCCCUAGAAGAAAGGGGAAGGGGAAGAAGAAAGGGAGAGGUCGCAAGGGGAAGGGCAGGAAGAAGAACAAAAAAACUAUGACCUUGAGUCCAACUCCUACCUCCCUGGAGAACCAGACCUCUGCUGGCGUCCCCAAGACAGCAGUGCCAUCCCCAGCUUUGCCUCCGACUCCCCUGUCCCCUUUGAUGAUCACCACCACUGUGUCCACGGACGGCAAUGUCACCAUUGUAGAGGGGGACCUGGAUCCUGACAAUGGAACUGAGCUGCAGACCCUGAAGACUGACGAAGCCACUGAGGACAAGGAAAGAGAUGGCCUCACCAUGGGUCCCCUCUUCAGGGCAGCUGAGCAGUCUUCAAGGACUCACCUACAGAUCUUUCCUGAUGCUGGAGAGAAAGGAGCAAAAGGCGAACCAGCAGUGAUUGAACAGGGGCAUCAGUUUGAGGGGCCUCCAGGAGCUCCAGGACCCCGAGGGCUGGAUGGCCCCUUGGGCCCCCCUGGUCCCCCGGGAUUUCCUGGGGACCCUGGGUUACCGGGCCCUGCUGGCCUCCCAGGGACCCCUGGCAUUGAUGGGAUCCGGGGUCUACCAGGCACUGUGAUCAUGAUGCCGUUCCAGUUUGCCAGCAGUUCCUUCAAAGGACCCUCAGUCUCCUUCCAGCAGGCCCAAGCUCAGGCAGUACUACAGCAGGCUCAGCUCGCUAUGAAAGGUCCCCCUGGCCCUGUUGGGCUCACUGGACGCCCAGGCCCUAUGGGUCUCCCUGGGUAUCCAGGCCUGAAAGGAGAGGUGGGAGAAAUUGGACCACAGGGUCCCCGAGGACUUCAGGGACCCCGUGGCCCCCCUGGCCGAGAAGGCAAAAUGGGUCGCUCUGGAGCAGAUGGAGCUCGGGGUCUCCCAGGGGACACAGGCCCUAAGGGUGAUCGGGGCUUUGAUGGUCUGCCGGGAUUGCCUGGUGAGAAAGGCCAAAGGGGUGACUUUGGCCAUGUGGGGCAACCUGGUCCCCCAGGAGAGGAUGGUGAGAAGGGAACUCAGGGACCUCCAGGGCCCACUGGCCAGGCCGGAGAGCCCGGUCCCCGAGGACUGAUCGGUUCCAGGGGCUCCCCGGGCUCCCCAGGACGCCCAGGUGUAGUUGGAAUUGAUGGUGCUCCAGGUGCCAAAGGAAAUGUGGGUCCUCCAGGAGAACCAGGACCUCCAGGACAGCAAGGAAACCCUGGGUCCCAGGGAAUUCCUGGCCCCCAAGGACUCAUUGGCAUUCCUGGAGAGAAGGGUCCUCCUGGUAACCCAGGGAUUCUAGGUCUCCCAGGAGCUGAUGGCCCUCCGGGCCACCCAGGCCAUGAAGGCCCCACGGGAGAGAAGGGGACCCAGGGUCCACUUGGAUCAGCAGGCCCUACGGGCUACCCUGGACCUCGGGGUGUGAAGGGCACUUCUGGCAACCGAGGUCUCCAGGGAGAGAAAGGAGAAAAGGGAGAGGAUGGCUUCCCAGGCUUCAAGGGAGAUGGGGGCCCUAAAGGCGACCGGGGGCAUCCAGGACCCACCGGUGCCCGAGGAGAGGAUGGCCCUGAAGGGCUGAAGGGACAGGCUGGACUAGCCGGCGAGGAGGGGCCCCCAGGUUCAGCUGGGGAGAAGGGCAAGCUUGGGGUGCCAGGUCUUCCAGGUUACCCAGGACGCCCUGGACCUAAGGGAUCUGUUGGAUUUCCCGGGCCACUGGGACCAUUAGGAGAGAAAGGAAAGCGGGGGAAGGCGGGGCAGUCAGGGCAGGAAGGAGAGCGGGGACCACCAGGUUCCCGAGGAGACAGGGGCCAACCAGGUGCCACAGGACAGCCAGGCCCCAAGGGAGAUGUUGGACAAGACGGGGCCCCGGGGGUCCCUGGAGAAAAGGGUCUUCUCGGUCUGCAAGGACCCCCUGGAUUCCCUGGGCCAAAGGGCCCUCCUGGCCCCCAGGGAAAAGAUGGGAGACCUGGACACCCUGGACAGAGAGGAGAAUUGGGCUUCCAAGGUCAGAGAGGACCACCCGGACCCACUGGUGUCGUGGGACCUCAGGGAAAGACAGGAGAAGUGGGUCCUCUGGGUGAAAGGGGGCCCCCAGGCCCCCCUGGACCUCCUGGUGAACAAGGUCUUCCGGGCCUGGAAGGCAGCGAGGGGAACAAGGGGGACCUGGGACCACCAGGACCUCUUGGGAAGGAAGGGCCACCUGGACCCAGGGGCUUCCCUGGGCCCCAAGGAGCCCCUGGGGACCUGGGACCUACUGGUUUGAAGGGUGACAAGGGCCCCCCAGGCCCCAUCGGAGCCAAUGGUUCCCCUGGUGAGCGGGGUCCUGUGGGCCCAGCAGGAGGCAUUGGGCUUCCUGGUCAAAGUGGAGGCCAAGGUCCUGUUGGCCCCACAGGCGAGAUUGGAUCCCCAGGUGAACGUGGAUCCCCAGGACCUACUGGCAAAGAUGGGAUUCCAGGGCCACUGGGGCUUCCUGGACCCACUGGUGCUGCUGGACCCUCUGGCGAGGAAGGGGAUAAGGGGGAAGUGGGUGCCCCAGGUCACAAGGGGAGCAAAGGUGACAAAGGGGAUGUGGGCCCACCUGGACCAACAGGGAUACGAGGUCCUGCAGGACACCCAGGCUCCCCAGGAGCAGAUGGUGCUCAGGGGCGCCGGGGACCCCCAGGUCUCUUUGGCCAGAAAGGAGAUGAUGGAGUCAGAGGUUUUGUGGGACUGAUUGGCCCUCCUGGUCUGCAAGGAAUGCCAGGCCCUUCCGGAGAGAAGGGGGAGGUUGGAGAUGUAGGAUCCAUGGGUCCCCAUGGAGCUCCAGGCCCUCGGGGUCCCCAUGGACCCAGUGGAUCAGAGGGCCCUCCAGGGCUGCCUGGAGGAGUUGGUCAGCCAGGUGCUGUGGGAGAGAAGGGUGAGCCAGGGGAGGCUGGAGACCAAGGACCCCCAGGAACCCCAGGAAUCCUGGGUCCCAAGGGAGAAGUUGGUGAAAAGGGGGACUCAGGCCCAACUGGUGCUGCUGGACCCCCAGGCAAAAAAGGCCCUCCUGGAGAGGAUGGAGCCAAAGGGAGUGUGGGUCCCACAGGGCUCCCAGGAGACCUAGGACCCCCAGGAGACCCUGGAGCUAUGGGUAUAGAUGGUUCCCCAGGGGAGAAGGGAGACCAUGGUGAUGUUGGGGGUCCGGGCCCGCCUGGUGCUUCUGGGGAACCGGGCCCCCCUGGGCCCCCUGGCAAGAGGGGUCCGUCAGGUCGCAUGGGUCAGGAAGGCAGAGAAGGGCAGAAAGGUGCCAAGGGGGAGCCAGGUUCUGACGGCCCCCCAGGGAGGACAGGCCCAGUUGGGGCACGAGGACCCCCUGGGCGUGUUGGGCCUGAGGGUCUUCGAGGGAUCCCUGGCCCUGUGGGUGAACCAGGCCUCCUGGGCUCCCCUGGACAGAUGGGCCCUCCCGGCCCCCUGGGCCCCUCUGGCCUUCCAGGACUGAAAGGAGAUGCUGGUUUCAAGGGGGAAAAGGGCCACAUAGGAUUAAUAGGCCUCAUUGGCCCUCCUGGGGAAGCCGGCGAGAAAGGUGAUCAGGGAUUUCCAGGCGUGCAGGGCCCCCCUGGCUCCAAGGGAGACCCUGGUCUCCCUGGACCUAUUGGCUCCUUGGGCCACCCUGGGGCCCCUGGUGUGGCAGGCCCUCUGGGACAGAAGGGAUCAAAAGGGUCCCUGGGAUCCAUUGGUCCCCCAGGAGAUACUGGUCCACCCGGGCCUCCUGGGCCCCCGGGUCCCCCAGCGGAGCUGCGCGGGCUGCGCCGUCGUCGGCGCUCCCUCCCACUUCUGGGCGGCCUGGACGAAGCCACAGCGGGCGGCCUGGAGGAGGUCUUAGCUUCGCUCACGUCUCUGAGCUUCGAGGUGGAGCAGCUACGGCGCCCGCCAGGCACAGCCGAGCGCCCCGGACUCGUGUGCGGAGAGCUGUAUCGCAACCACCCACAGCUUCCGGAUGGGGAAUACUGGAUUGACCCCAACCAAGGCUGCGCAAAGGAUGCGCUCAGGGUUUUCUGCAACUUCACGGCAGGAGGAGAGACUUGUCUGUACCCGGACAAGAAGUUUGAGACGGUGAAAUUGGCCUCCUGGUCCAGAGAAAAGCCAGGAAAUUGGUACAGCACAUUCCGGCGGGGGAAGAAGUUUUCCUAUGUGGAUGCUGAUGGGUCCCCAGUGAACGUGGUACAGCUGACCUUCUUAAAGUUGCUAAGCGCCACAGCCCACCAGCGCUUCACCUACUCCUGCCAGAAUUCAGCUGCCUGGCUGGAUGAAGCUGCAGGUGACCAUGGCCGUUCCCUCCGUUUCCUUGGAGCCAAUGGAGAAGAGGUGUCCUUCAACCAGACUGCAGCAGCCCUCAUCAAUGUCCCUCAUGAUGGCUGUCGGCUCCGGAAAGGACAAGCAAAGACCCUCUUGGAGUUCAGCUCUUCCAGAGUUGGGUUUCUACCCUUGUGGGAUGUGGCGGCUACUGACUUUGGCCAGACAAACCAAAAGUUUGGGUUUGAGCUUGGUCCUGUCUGCUUUAGCAGUUGA